AUGACCCAGACACAGCAGAGGUUCAACUCCUUCUCGUCCUAUCUAGUUACCCCCCACGAACUCAACAACGCCUUGAAACAUUACCCCUCUAGCGAGAUUUCUACCGCGCCUAGAGUCGUCCCCCUCUGCGCAGCAUGGUUCAUGCCAAACGACCCCGAGGGACGUACAGGCAUUCAAGCAUUCCGCAAAAGCCACAUCCCGCAUUCACGAUUCUUUGAUAUCGAUGGCGUCAAAGACGAGGACUCACCUUAUCCUCACAUGCUUCCCACUAAGGAGCGUUUCGCCGAAGCAAUGAGCGAACUGGGCAUUCACCGUGAUGACGAAGUUGUUGUUUACGAUACGGCCGAGCAGGGCAUACUCAGUGCACCGCGUGUCGGCUGGACGCUACGUUUCUUUGGUCAUCCUAACGUGCACGUGCUUAACAACUUCAAACUGUGGGUGGAGCAGGGCUUACCUACGGAGUCGGGAGAUGCCAAACCGUUUACCAAGACAAAUUACCCAAUUCCGUCUUAUGACGUCGAUCGAGUAGUGCAUUUUCCCGAAAUGAAGGAGAUUGCAAAGGAUUACGGUAAAGAGGGGGCUGAUGAGGUUGAGAUCUUGGAUGCGAGACCGUAUGGCCGCUGGUCGGGUGAAUCUCCUGAGCCUCGUGCUGGGCUGUCUUCGGGUCAUAUGCCUGGUUCCAAGAGCGUGCCGUUUGGUGAACUUCUUGACCCCAAGACCAAAGCAUUUUUGUCUCCGGAAGAACUGCGCAAGGUGUUUGAGUCCAAGGGUGUCGAUCCAUCAAAGACCAUUAUUACUUCUUGUGGCUCUGGAGUGACUGCGGCGGUCAUUGAGGCUGCGCUUACUGUUGCCGAGUUUGGUGAUCCGGCGAAGCGACGGUUGUAUGAUGGAAGCUGGACUGAGUGGGCUCAACGGGUGACGGAAGACAGCGGUCUGAUCAAGAAGCUUACGACGUGA